UCUCUCGGAAGGCCCUUAUAUGUAUAUUAUCAGUCUGCUAAACGAAAACAAAAAAAAAAAAAAGCGCACGGAUAUUUCCUCGAGGCUUGAAAUAACGCAACAGCCGAUUAUCCUUCAAAGUCACUGCAGUGAUCCAUUGAGAGCGGGCUGUGGCACAACCAUCGCAGUGUCAUUCAAUAUACUCCCGGGCACCUGCGAGUUUCGUUCCGUUGUCAUCGAAAUAUCUUCCGGCAGCACCGGUGUGAUUUGCAAAUUACGUUGAUAUUAUUGAAGUUUUGAAGCUUACAAGACGAUCUUUGAUGGGCUGAUAAACGCCAUUUUCAGUUCGAUGGUUGCUACGAGCUACAGCAACCAAUUCAGAUUUUCGACGAUUUUCGCUAGGUUAUUUUAUCUGUCAAUUCUUCAGGUCGUUUCAGAGGUAAAUCCGAGGUGAUAAAAGCGACUGCACAAGCUAAGACAAUUCGUAGCGCGGAAAGUCGGUUAUUGGCAGAAGUUUUCUCAUUGAUUACGGUGGUUUUAAAUCGACUCGCUAAUUAGUGGUGGCCGAUUACAUAUCAUCUUCGACAAAGUUUCGCAGCAAUCAUGCAAGCAAACCGGCUCGUGGACUGCACAUUAGUCAAAGUGAACCAGGGAUUUCAAGAAAAAAUACGGGGAAUUUAGACUUCCAAUAGCGCCUUUAUUUGUCAUGGAGGCGUUACAUCUGAUCCAUAAACUUGUCCCUGGUCGCCAAAGGAGGUAUCGUCUCAGUUCACAUGGGUUAAAUCGAAGUGUAGACAGCAUCCUGGAUGGCCUUGAUGGUUCGAAACGACGAGCAUCAUAUCCGGCAAACUCUGAGCUGCGGGCAAUUAAAAGACUGAAAACAGUCAAAAUGUCCACCAACGGACUGACGGUCUCGAAGGUACUCGAGCAGAUCCAACUUGUGCAGGGUAUGAUUGACAUAAACGCCUCCAGCUUAAACAGUCUUCGAACACAGUUUUCCACCAACAGCGACUUGAUCCAGCAGGAAAUUCGCACGUUAGAGGGAAAGCUUGUUAAACUGUUUUCGAGGCAGUUAGUUGCAAAGCAGAAGUGCAAUGAAGAUUGGAAUGACUGUGAAAAACUCCGUUAUUAUCCUAAACUAGAACAAUGGCUGCAGGUGGUAGGAAUCAACGAAGAAGCAAUUAAGAAUUUGGAGGAGAAGUGCAGCACAGUUGAAGGUCUUUUGUCUUUGUCUGAUGAGAAAGUAAAAGCAAUGCUGGAGAAUUAUGCUGAAGGACAAGAAGAAAGUAGAAGGUUAAUUGCAGCUCUAAAACAUCUUCAGGCAUAUACAGAGCGACAGAAACAGGGUCACAAAGACAGCACUUCAGAUAUAUAUUGGGAUUCCUGGGAUACGGGAAAGACAAGGGAAAAGAGCCUCUCUAUCAGCCCCUCUGAGCGUUCGUCACGUUCCUCUGUCACUUUGGACAGUGAUGUACCCCUGUCAUCACCAAGCUCAGAUGCUGACACUGAAGGUUCCCGACUGUCAACACUAUCUGCAAGUGAUACCGAUAGUACUCUGAGUCCUAAGCACAUUGGUAAUUCACAACCAGCUUAUUUCAGUAUGAUCAAGAGAAGUGUAUCUGAUGAUGCAAAUUUAGGGAACAGAAUAUUUGUGAACAAUAAUGAGAAUCCUUAUUUGAAUUGUGGUAAAAAACGAGGAGGAAAGCUGGAACCUGUCACUCCUCUCACAAUUAAUAUUCCUAAAAGUAGAAGUGGAGACAUCUCACUACAUUCCCAGUCUGAUUCUGAGUCAGAUCAUAAUCUAAGUUCCCAUGCAAUAAAUAAUUCUCCAUCAAGGAUUACUCACUAUGGGAUGGGACAUACAAUCAGUCACAGGUUUUCACAAAAGGCAUUUAUGGUUAGUCUGGCUUGUGAUCACUGCCAUAAACUUCUUUUGGUUGGUGUAAAAUGCAAAUACUGCAAGCUCAAAUUUCACAAGAAAUGUGCAAAAAAGGCCACUGCUUCCUGUGGGCUCCCUAAAGGGUGUAGUGACUUUUUCACUGCUCAAGUGCGACGAGCUUUAAAUUACCGUUCUUUACCCAUGACGCGGUCUCAUGUGAAGAGAACAAACUCUGAACCAUCGAGCAUCGCCCUUCAAGUAGAUCUACCCGAGCAGAGAUUCAACCAGAAUCGUAGCCAUGGUGAUCUGCAUACAGUAGACCCGAAAUCUUGGACACCUGUUCCAAACGAAACACCAAAAGGAGUUGACUCCUGUUCCACGUCAUCAUCAACCUCAUCACCACCUUCUUCGCCUCUUCCGGCGGCAUCAGCUAAUGUUAGUCUGUCUGCACAAGAAGAACUUGACCAGUUUCCAGAGUCGCACUUCUCUUUCACUGAUGUUUCAAGAAUGACAGCUUCCUUGCACAGUAACGAGAUGAUUGAGUCAACGAGCACCUUGGUAAGGACUGAAAGUGUUAAGUCACGGCAGAGCAACAACACCACAACUAGUAAUGACUCGACUUUGUCUGGAGAGGAUGUCCCGGGCAUUGACUCGUUGGACAGUCAGAUCUCUGAUGUGGACCCUGAGAGCAAGACUUGGAACCGUAGCCGAGUGGUUAAUAAAAAGGACAUGCUCCUGGACUUACAUCAACGAGGUAGCCUAAUGUCAGAGUGGGUGAUACCGUUUGAAGAAUUGAAUAUCACCGGGAGUCCACUGGGCAGUGGUAGAUUUGGUAAAGUUUACAGGGGUCACUGGCACGGUGAAGUGGCUGUGAAGAUGAUCGAGAUUGAGAAUCCCACAGAGGAGCAGCUCAAUGCCUUUAAGUUUCAAGUUGGAACUUUUAGAAAGACUCGUCAUGAGAAUGUGGUGUUGUUCAUGGGCGCAUGCAUGGAUCCUCCGAAACUUGCUAUCAUAACCAGCAUGUGUCGUGGGUUUUCCCUAUACACACAUAUACACGUUCGAAAGGACAGCUUUCCUCUGGAUAAAAUUUUACAGAUUUGUACUCAGAUUUCUCAGGGUAUGGGUUAUCUUCAUGCGCGAGGUAUUGUUCACACUGACCUUCGUUCCAAGAAUGUAUUUCUGGAGUCAUACAAUCGCGUGGUGAUCACAGAUUUCGGGUUGUUUAGCGUGGCUGGGUUGACAACCAAAUCUGUCAGGCCAGGUUUUUUGAUGAUUCCACAAGGAUGGCUUCCAUAUUUGGCUCCCGAAAUCCUUCGUUCGCUUACCACUCAACAAGAUGCGCCAGACUCAUCACAGUUCACCAUGGCAACAGACAUGUACGCCUUCGGGACUGUGUGGUAUGAGAUGUGUUCUCGCUCCUGGCCAUUUGAGAAAAAUAUACCUGAAUCCAUAAUCUGGCAAGUGGGAAAAGGAGUAAAACAGUCGUUAGCAAAUAUAGAUAUUCCGAGAGAAGUUAAGGAUACUUUAACAGUUUGUUGGGCAUUCGAGCCAGAUAGACGACCAACUUUCGGAAAUUUACUGAGAACUUUAGAAAGACUUCCAAAAAUAAGACAUGCGCAACGGCUACACAGAAGUCCAUCUCAGCCGUGCACUGUGGGGAGAGGGGCUGAGAAUCUGAUAUGAAGCUAUCAUGUCAAUUGAGCGAAUCAAGGCUGUGGUAAAAAAGGCAAUAAUCUUCGCUGUCUUCGACGCUACUAGUAUGAGCGUGUUUCUCCCAGUGUAAGCAAUCAGGGACCAUAAGCAGUCAGGACGGCAACGCCAAGGAAAACUUCGAUUAAAAAAUGA